AGCAGCAACGGAUACUGCCAGAGUCUGCAAGGAAAAAGAUAGAGGAGAGGAGGGAAGAGGAGAAGAGACCAAAAAGAUAAGACAGAAAAAGAGAAGGAGAAAGAGUCGUAGGCCAAGUUAAAAUGAGAAGCGAAAGAAAGGAAGGAAAAAGAGAUGAGAUGCGAAGAGAAGAGGACAGAAAGUGCACAGUCACCAAGCAGGAGAGCCUAAGCAGCAGUCCAGUGAAUCUAACAUCUCUGAUGACACAGACUUAAGUGCCUGCUGGAGAUGAACCAAACACUCCCGACAGAUUCAGAGGAACCAAGAAGAAAGAGCUGCUCUUGAUGCACUUAGUUGUCAGCAGCAAGAGGAAAAUGCAGAUUCACGCUUCCUAUUUUUAACGAGAGAUCAUGAAUAGAGGCCUGCAAACAAUCAGGGAUCCUUGAAGGAUUUUCUAAGUGACUGACGAGCAGAGGACACAAUCCUGUUUCAUCUGAGGAGACCAAAAUAGCGGACAAACUUCAAGCGUGACUUAAAGACCUCUCGGACUCAACCGCAAUGCCAGAACGAAUAAAUGACUUCCAGGGCCAGAGCUUUCAGAAGCUGAGGCGAGCCUGCCUGCGCCGAGGUGCACUCUUCAAGGAUCCUCUGUUCCCUGCCACCAACCAGUCCCUCUUUUACAAGAGAGAGCCUCCACUGGGACUGACCUGGAAGAGGCCUCGGGAGAUAUGUAAGGAUCCUCGUCUAUUUGUCGAUGGCAUCAGCACUCGUGACUUGCACCAGGGUAGUCUGGGUAACUGCUGGAUGGUGGCAGCCAUUUCCUGCCUUGCGUCUGAGCCGUCACUGUGGAAGAAGGUCAUUCCUGACCACGUGGAUCAGGAGUGGAACCCAAAGCGUCUGGACCUGUACGCUGGAAUCUUUCAUUUCCGGUUCUGGCGUCUUGGCCGCUGGAUGGAUGUGGUGGUGGAUGAUCGUCUGCCAGUCAGCAGAGAUGGAGUGCUGCUCUUCUGCCGCUCAGCCACACCAAGAGAGUUUUGGAGUGCACUGCUAGAGAAGGCCUACGCCAAGCUAAAUGGGUGCUAUGAGGCCUUGGAGGGAGGAAACACUGCAGAGGCCCUGAUCGACUUCACUGGUGGGGUUUCCGAGCCUUUCAGUCUGGAUCGUGAGGCCCUGAGCCUGAACAGCGACCAGAGGAGAUCAUUCUUCCAGACAUUAGCUAAGGUCCAUGAACGCAAAUCCCUCAUCACCUGCUCCAUACGGCCGGCAGAGGGGGAGACGGUGGAGUCGGUUUUGGAGUGUGGGCUCGUGCGAGGACACGCCUACGGGAUCACAGCAGUGAAGAAGGUGAGGCUGGGGGAGAGGCUGCUGAAGACAGGCGGGACGUCACGACUCUUUAUGGUGCGCAUGAGGAACCCGUGGGGGACGACGGAUUGGACGGGCGCCUGGAGUCAGGGGUCAGAGCAGUGGCAACAACUGAGUCGAGCAGAGAGGGAGAAGAUGGGGCUCAUUGUUCGUGAUGUUGGGGAGUUUUGGAUGGAUUUCGAGGACUUCUGUCACCACUUUACUGACGUGGUGGUGUGUCGGCUGGUGGACAGGACUCUGCUGUGGCCGAGCUCUCACUGGAUAGAAGAACGCUGCUAUGGGGAGUGGGCUCUGGCUCCCACCACCCCUGGACCACCUCCAUCCACCGUGUUCCAGAGCAACUGCACAAUGACCCUGGGUAAGAACAACAUCAAACCCGGAGGGACCAAGCAGCAAGGAAACCGAAAGGAGGCCCGACUCAGGGAGAGUCAGCAGGAGAGAGGGAAAAGAGGAAGGUGUGAUCCUGACAGGAAAAAAGCAACAACGGAAGAUGAUGAAGGGGAGGUGAAUGGAGUUUGGGAGGCGCAGAUGGACAAGAGGAGUCGAUGUGGAGGAUGCAUCAACCACAGGGACACUUUUCUGCACAAUCCGCAGUUCAUGUUUGAGGUGCGAGGCAAAGAGGAGGAGGUGCUGAUCUGUCUGCAGCAGGAAGACAGAAGGAUAAGGAGGAAAAACGGAGGAGGAGAAAACCUGCCCAUCGGCUUUGAGGUGCUAAAGGUGGAGGUGAAUCGCUGCAGCCGGGUGCAGUGUGUGGUGGAGCAGGCAGCCAGCUCCGUCUACAUGGACUCCCGCAGCGUGACACUGAGGGCAACUCUGGCUCCAGGGCGCUAUGUUGUGCUGCCCACCACCUUCCUGCCAGGGACCACCGGACGCUUCCUGCUACGCCUCCUUUCCCACUCUAAUGUCAAACUCAGGGAAUUGACAGAGGACUUGCCAUCUCCCUCUGUGUUUCACUGCUUUCUACCUCAGCCCACUUCGGUGACCACAGUCCAUCUCCGCAGAGCGUCAGGACUCAGCCCUCCCAAGCAGACAGUUCCAGAUGUUUACGCUGUAGUGAGAUGUGAGAAUGACACCAUCAGGACACGAGUGUUCAAGGAGGAAGGAAACCCAGAAUUCAAUUUCAGGAUCAUCUUCUACAGGAGAUACCCUGACACGCACAUCUCUGUCGAGUUAUGGAGCAGAGGUCUGCUGUGGGACUCGCUGCUCGGCGAGGCUCGCCUCCAGACGGCGGAGUCUGAGAGGAGCCGGAGCCAUGUGAUUGAUCUGCGAGGUGGACAGUCUCGAUCAGGAUUCAGAGGUUGUAUCUAUGUUGAGACGUCCUCCAGUGUCUGCCUCACAGACUUGUGACAGCAUCUAUCUGGUUGCCCUGGUAACCAUUGUCCUCUGAGGUAAAGACUAAUGGACAAACAGCAAUUUCGAUUAACCAAUAAAAAAACUUCAAGGACAUGCGGUAACACUAAAAACAUAUACAACAAAGGUGCUGUAGCUGCUUUAACAUAUUUUGCAUUUAUAGGUGCCUUUUAAAACCAAACGUAGCAGCGCUGCCUCUGUGCUGGAAAUGAAGUGUCUAUUAUUUGAAGGGUUUGGAAGCAGAAUGGUCUAACCCACCAUGAGGGGCUGCACAGUGAUUCGGUGGUUAGCACCUUCACCUUGCAGCCGGUUCAUGUCCCGGCCUUUCCGGGAUCUUUCUGCAUGGAGUUUGCAUGUUCUCCCUGUGCAUGUGUGGGUUUUCUCCAGGUUCUCCGGCUUCUUCCCACAGUCCAAAAACAUGCUGAGGUUAACUGAUGAUUCUAAAUUGUCUGUAGGUGUGAAUGUGAGUGUGAUUGUUUGUCUCUAUGUGUAGCCCUGUGAUAGACUGGUGAUCUGUCCAGGUGUAUCCCCUGCCUUCACCCUAAGUCAGCUGGGAUAGACUCCAGCUCGCUGUGACCCUAAUGAGGAUUAAGCGGUGUAUAAAUAAUGGAUGGAUGGAAGAAUGGUCUAACACUGGAAGCUCCACUGUAACGCUAUAUUUGGGGUUGUGAGUUAGACCAUGUUGCCACUAAAAUCUAGAGCAUAAAAUAUUACAGAAAUUCUAUAAAACUUGGUUUAGAUUUUUUGUGAGUUUGACCAUUCUGCUUCUAACCCUCUCAUUUAACCCUUUGAUGCACAACAUGGGUCAACAGUGACCCGAAUCCAAUGGAAAAUGACCAUCUCCUGCCCCACGCGGUGCAUCAAAGGGUUAAAAGAUGCUCCCUGUUGAUCUGCUGGUCAGAUACACAGGCUGGCAUCUUCAUGAGUUCAGUAGCAACAACAAAACUGCUCCCAAAAUCUUUUUCUUUUUUUUUUUUUUUUUUUUGCGCAUGUAUUUAUUAUCGGUGUUUUUUUCGGGUUUGUUUUUUUUUUACUGUUGUUGUCAUUAAAAUGGACAUUUUUCGUGUUAUUGUAACAUAUUUGAAUGUAAAUACAAAAAGUCAUAUUUGCAUUUUCUUAUGAUUAAAUAAAGAACAAUGUGUGUGAGCUCCUUUUAUUUCAUAAUCAAUAAAUAUCCCCAUUUGUAAACCA